AAAAAAAAAAAAAGGAAAGUGAGACUUGCCUGAGACUUAUUCAAAAUAGAACUAUUGCACAGUGAACGCAAUUUAAUUAGGACUGAGAGUAUAGUGUAUCAGAUUCGAACGUUUGUUAAAAAGUGUAAUACUUUUAUCGUGUUCGUCUUAGAAGACAAUUUGUCACACCCUACCUAAAUGAUCAAAACUUUGUAGGACAUUUUCGACGGCUGGCUGGAAAUCAUGAUAUCAAGGCUACUCCUAAACUUGCUGAUGCUUCUGGUUGCUCACAGCAUUUGCUUUCAUAACACUGAAGCUAGUACGCAUUGGUUGCUGAAUAACGAUGGACAAAUUAUACCACAGCUCACCUCGCCUUUCUACUUACGCCGGUCUUACGAUUUGAUUGCCUUUCUCAACCAGAAUGUGUACAAGCAGAAAAUAGAUCUGAUUAUAAACGAACUUCUGACGAUUAAGUCCAAUCUUACCGCCAAGAUGAAUAAUCUGGAUGCGUACACGAAUGAUUUGACGAAUAAGAUCGGAUGUAUACCAAACUUCUAUCUAGACGAGUCGGACAUUCUCAGUACGAUCAUCAAUAUGAACUACAUCAACAGGAUUACGAUUCCAGACCGAGGAUCGGCUGCGGCCGGUGCUGCUAUUAGUUCCCGUGCGGUUGCAGUUAAAGGAAAAUCGCCCUCACCGAAAUGCGGCGAUUAUAUGAAGUUAGAUUUUAGUCUGGGUAGUUUCGAUCAUCUAGACGGAGUCUUCAAUCGAACGCAGCUCAAAAUGGCUCCGGAGGACAUGUUUAAAUCCCUGGAAUAUUACAUUCCCUCCGUGAAAUCACCGCAGGUCUUAGCUGACGAUUUGCGAAAAAAUCCGCACUCCUGGAAGUACCACACGAUUGCUUCCUACUAUUGGCGCAAAAAAGGUAACGCAAGAGAAGCUAUCGAAUGUGCCCGGCGAGCGAUUGCACUGGCACCGCGUAAGUACAAGGACAUCCCGCUGCUCAGUAUGGGAACGGUUUUGCAGCGUUCACAGCAUGUUAACGAUUCGCUAGUAGUUUUGCGAGCAGCCGUCGAUCACGAACCGAACGAGCCGGAAAAUCAAAUGGCCCUCGGCAAUACCUACAUGUUGUUGUCCGAGUUUAACCGCUCCUUCGAGGCGUACCGGGCGGCGGAAAGCUUAGACUCGGUGUAUGCCGAGCACAACGACUACAUCAAGAAGUCGAUCAAUUGUUUCAAAGAUCUCAAAAUUAACCUGCUUACAAUGGAGAGAUUGUUGCAGGAUAUAAUCCCAGGUCUAGAGCGAUACGGCUCUCUCCAGAAGGAGUUUGACGAGUACCACGAAAAGCUAGACCGAGAGCAGGCCCCCCUCAAGACGCGCGUAUUUGACGAGGCGUACAGCAAGCAGGUCGAUUUUCUGAUCCAGCGAAGCCAGAUUUGCACAACACGGAUGACGAAGGAGAAGAGUGAACCGAUUCUCAGUUGUGACUUUAUUUCCGAUGUGCAAAUGUUGAUGGAGGAUUUCGCCGUUGAAAUACUGAACAACUACGUAGACCUAAAGAAGGAACUCAUCAAUACGUACAAAAUCAACUCGCUUGGUAUUUACAAGAAGAUUUUCGUCGAACACUUUUAAUUGAUUAAGCGAGUCAGUCUUUAUUAAACAUUACUUUGUUUAUAGGAUAGUUAAACUAUUGUUUCGUUAUUCUUUUAAAAAUGAAUCUAACUGCAAUGGUUCGUACAAAACAUGAAAAUAUAACAGAAUCUGACGGU